UCUCCUCCCCCGGCGGGCUCCGCGGAGCAUUGUACUCACAUCCGGGGCUGGGUUUUGCUUUAAUGCGAAACGUAAUUAACCCGGAAAAAAGAGCCGAGAGACAGGAGAGAAGAAGGGGGUAAAGAGGAGGGGGAGAAGAGCGUGAGGCGCGACAGACACGGAGAGUUGGGCAGCGCGAUUAAGAAAUCCCCACCGCCGGGGAGGCGGUCCUACUCCGAUGUAACCCACCCUGACGAGCCCCGGCCCCUGCACCGCAGGGGUGAUGUGAGCAGMGCCCAGGAAUGCCUUAUGUGGAUCGGCAGAACCGAAUCUGUGGGUUUCUGGACAUCGAGGAGAAUGAGAACAGCGGCAAGUUCCUGCGGAGGUACUUUAUUCUGGACACCCAGGCCAACUGCCUUCUGUGGUACAUGGACAACCCCCAGAACCUGGCAGUUGGCGCAGGGGCUGUUGGAUCUUUGCAGCUGACGUACAUCUCGAAGGUGAGCGUAGCUACCCCAAAGCAGAAACCAAAAACUUCAUUUUGCUUUGUCAUCAAUGCCCUGUCUCAGAGGUAUUUUCUUCAAGCCAAUGACCAGAAAGACCUGAAGGACUGGGUCGAAGCCCUGAACCAAGCCAGCAAGAUCACUGUACCCAAAGGUGGGAGCCUUCCCCUGGCUACUGAAGUUCUCAAAAGCCUAACAACUCCUGCAGCCCUAGACAAGAAGCCACAGGUGGCCUACAAGACCGAGAUCAUCGGAGGGGUGGUGGUCCACACACCCAUCAGCCAGAAUGGCGGGGAUGGACAGGAAGGGAGUGAGCCAGGGUCCCAUGCCAUCCUUCGAAGGUCUCAGAGUUACAUCCCCACGUCAGGCUGCCGUGCUUCUACCGGGCCUCCCCUCAUUAAGAGUGGCUACUGUGUGAAGCAAGGGAAUGUGCGGAAGAGCUGGAAACGUCGCUUCUUUGCCCUGGAUGACUUCACCAUCUGCUACUUCAAGUGUGAGCAGGACCGAGAACCACUGCGCACUAUAUAUCUCAAAGAUGUUCUCAAGACCCAUGAGUGUCUGGUCAAAUCUGGUGAUCUCUUAAUGAGGGACAACCUGUUUGAAAUAAUAACAAGCUCCCGGACCUUCUACAUACAGGCGGAUAGUCCAGAAGACAUGCACAGCUGGAUUAAGGAGAUUGGGACAGCUGUCCAGGCCCUCAAGUGCCACCCCCGGGACAUAUCCUUUUCCAGAUCCAUUUCUUUGACUCGACCUGGAAGUUCCGGCUUCACAGGGGGGCCUAACUCUGUCUUCUGCAGAGGGCGGCCACCUGUGGAAGAGAAGAAAACCCUCUGCAAAGCCCCUUCUGUGGCCUCUGCUUGGCAACCCUGGACACCUGUCCCCCAGGCUGGGGAAAAGCUGCUUCCAGCUGAAGAGACUCCAGAGGACUCUCUGUUCAUGCCUCGACUUGGGGAGAGCAGUACUGCUGGGGUGUUGUCAGGCUCCCGAAUAAGGCACAGAUCAGAGCCCCAGCACCCCAAGGAGAAACCCUUUGUGUUCAACCUUGAUGAUGAAAACAUACGGACCUCUGAUGUGUGAUGAAGCACAGUGCCGUGGGAGGAAGUGGGGGAGGGAGGGAGGACUUGAGAGAAAGAGGCCGUGGCUCAUUUUCUCUCCUUGUUGGAGGACAGUCAGAGCCCUUAAUGGCACUCAUAUUCCUGUGGAUGCUGUGUGGGAGGGGCCCAGCCAAGUGGCUUUUUUUUUUUUCCCCUUUUUUUGUAUUAUCAAUGCAGUAUAUUUAAUUUGGGGGAAAUCACUAGGUUAGAUCUGUAGGCAUACUCAGUGAAGAGAGAGCAGCUUGCCUCUUGUUGAUCUAUUCCAAGGUCUUUUGUGUGAUGGGCUAUCUUUAGCAUCUCCGUUCCUGAAGAGGUUGGGAGUCAUUUCGCCCUUACCAAGUUUUACUUCCUUGUCCUUGUUUUUAGUUUUUUGUUUUGUUUUGUUUUAUUUUGUUUUGUUUUCAAUCUGGGCACAGGCUCUUAGGCCAGUCACCUGGUUUUAGUCCAUACCUAUGUAUUGGUUCAAGUUUGUGAAGCAGGUAACUAACCCAGCUGAAAGGCUGAAAGGCUUCAGAGUAGGGGAAAACCCAGAUUCUGGCUUGACAGGGAGCCGUUCUGAGAGGUAGUGUUUAGAAUCUGGAGGGUGGCCUUUAGAAUAUGUCUGCAAGGGUGGGUCCCCUAGGAUACCUCCCAGGAGAAGAGAUGGGGAUCUUUUGUGAGGCCUGAGGAAUAAUUCAACUCUACUGCAUGAGCCAGUUUUGAAAAUUACUCUGUUCUCUUGAUGCUAUGACCCCAAAUGUUAUAGAUUGAGGAACAGACCCAUUAGAAUUGUUUCUUUAUCAGGCCCCAAGGACCGGGUAUAUCAGUGUUAAAUACUAUGACUGUUGAGAACAGAACAGACAUUUCCCUUGAUAAUGGUGUUACUUGGAAUGUGUGGGGUUGGUAAGCGUGUGAUAAUUCAUGUGUGUGAUAGAUCAAUCUCUAUCUCAGAGUUUUAGAUAGGUUAAAAGCAGGUGCUGAGAAGAGAUGGAUCAUCCUGCUAAGUUUUUUGAUCCAUGUUUUCUGGAUAGGAGAAAAGUUUUAUUCUGGUAAAGACAGAUUGCCUUGAGUCCUUGCCUCACAGCUCUUUUUGAUGGGCCAACAUUUGUCUAAUUUUAAGUGCUGUUUAUUAUAUACCUUGGCAGAUUUGCUUUCUUUUUGUCCUUUCUGUUGCCCUUUGGAUGGAGUUGUGUGUGCUUGCAUGAUCAGACCCUGUAAUCUGAUGAGGUUCCAUGUGGAGAAAUACAAAGAUAAUCUUGAGAUUAUAUUUUAGUGGAAUAAAAAUGGGGCAUAAAAGCAUUGAUUUAGAGAUUACGAAUUACUGACUAUAGAGAUUUCCCAGGAGGAUGAGUUGCCCAAACAAAUUUGAGGACAUAUUUUCUUCUACUGGACAAGAUACUAUUUCUAGUGUCCUUGGGCACAUUUGCCUAUCCAGUUUCUUUAGUGCAUUUUUGCUAUCAGAAACUUAGGAGGGUUUCAUAAAGGGAUAGAGAACUUGGCUUAUUUCUAUCAGUAGCUUUCAUCAGCUAGAUCAGUUAAUUAUACUUUAAUUGAAAAUAGUGACUAGAGGAAGAGACUAAGCAUUUUUUCCUAAAUAAAUCCCGGCUCCUCCUUGUGUCCAUAUCUAA